ACCGGCCAGUUUUCUCUGACCUGAGGAGGGUUUUUUCAGCUUUCUGAGAUGGUGGCUGCAGUCCUGAUCCUGCACCCCUUGGGAAGAAGACCGGUGGAAGGCUCUUCUUCAAAGAGGAGCGGCCUCAAGUUUGCACUGCUUACGGGCAAUGCAAGAGCACUCAAGAUUUUGGAAGGGGUUCUUUCAUACCUCGAUGGAAAGCUCCCUGGUCUUGUUUAUCCUUGCCACCACCCUGGAACAGGAGGGUGCAGUGGACCAGAAGGGCCUCUGUCACAGGCAACCAACUGUCUCUCUUGUGUCUCUCCUCAGUAUGUUGCUGCUUUGGAAGAGAUGCUCCUGGAGCUGAAGAAGCACUCUAGCAAGCCGGCCCCAGAAGUGCUGAAGGAAUAUUCUCGCAAGGUGGAUUUCUUGAAAGGACUUCUAGAAGCAGAAAAGCUGUCGUCCUCGUCUGAAAAGGCACUUGCCAAUCAGUUCCUGGCCCCUGGGCGAACCCCCACCACGGCCAAGGAACGGAUCCCAGCCACCCAGACGGUGCAUUUGCAGACCAAAGCCCGCUACGCUGGCGAAAUGAGGAGCGAGCUGCUUGAUUUGGAAGAAACCAGCUUGAGGAAGCGCAUGGGCCCCCUGCCAGACGAGAAGCAGUCAGCUGCGGACCUGGAUGCCAUACUGCAGCACCACCACAGCAUCCAGGAGAAGCUGGCCGAAGAGAUGCUGCACCUGGCACGCAACCUCAAAAACAACACCCUGGUGGCUCAGAAUGUGAUUAAACAAGAUAACCAGACAUUGUCUCAUUCGCUCAAGCUGGCCGAUCAGAACUUUGAGAAGUUGAAGGACGAAUCAGACCGCCUGGAGCAGCACGCCAAGAAAUCAGUCAACUGGCUUUUGUGGCUAAUGCUGAUUGUUGUUUGCUUUAUUUUCAUCAGCAUGAUCUUGUUUAUCAGGAUCUUCCCAAAACUAAGGUGACUUCUUGUUCUCCAGCACGGGCAGCCUGGUAUGUUUUGCUCUUUUCCUUUGCAAAGUCCAAGCCUUGGAUGUUCAGAGGAAGGCGGCCUUGUUCCAUCCAGGCUGCAGAACUUAACUCAUUUAACUUGGGAAGGACAAAGAAGAACUUUGGUAGCUGGUUGUGUGCGCUAGUUUUGGGUCCAGCCUGCUUGCCGAUGGGAUGGGGUGCUGUGCUAGUGAGUGUCCCGGCCACCUCAGAUGGGGAGGCAGGGUGACAGCUCUGCCAGUGGAACACUGCUUUGUAGAAAAACAAUUUUCCUCAUGUGGAAAAAUAGCUCAGUCAGUCUAGGCUAGGGCUCUUCUUCCUAGCAUUCUUGUUUUCUAUACAAAAGAAAUGCUUCUGUGUAGAAGAGCCUGCAGCCCCAUUAGCUCUGCCUGCAACCUGAAGUGGUACAGCCCAUGCCUGGGGUGGGCAUGUCAUCUGCUACUUGUAUGAAUGAGGCCUGUCAGAGGGAGUUUGGGGGUGGGCAGGGAGACCUAAUGGAGGUGUCAUUUUGUCUCUUUUGAAAAACAAACCAAAACGGUGGAAGGGGGAAAGUGAGGUAAAAUAGCAUUUAAAAACCUGUAAAAUCUAAACAAAAUAAAUACUCUGCAGUGUACGUAAAGAAAUAUCCCUGAGGAAUCAUAACACACACUUUAUUUCCCAUUUGUGAUGAAUAGCAGAAUAAACUAUAUGCAGA